UUUUGCGGGUAAUGUCAUAGCAUAGGCUCUACUCUCUAGUUCUACAUCAGGAGUUUUGCCAUAAAUGAAAUUGCAUUAUAUUGAAAUCUUGAGUACCUAUCAUCUUACUAUUCAGCAUUUAAUUUAAUGAAAUAUUCAGUAAAGCAGUUUACUUUGAAAUCCUCCCUUUGCACCAGCCUAUGUUGAAGACGAAUGUGCCGACAAAAGAAGGAUGUCGACAGUUCCGAGAAAGAACAUUCCACUGUUCAACUCUCUGGCCCAGGACAUCUGUCAUAUAGCCAUACACCAUGGUGAAGAAGUACCUGUGCGACUACUGCGGCACACGGUUCGCUUACUCGCCCGAUACGUGGCGGCGGCACGUGCGGGGCGCGGCGCACAUGGCCGCCCGUGCCGAGCACUACCGGCAGCUGGCGUCGGCCGGUGACCAGUGGCGCUCGGAGGUGGCGGGCCGGCGGCCCUGCUGGCGGCUCUCCACUCCGGCCGGCUGCCCGUUCGGCGACGACUGCCGCUUCUCGCACCUCUCGCCGGAGGAGCUGGAGCGGCUGCGCGCGGAGGCCGAGGCCGAGCAGCGGCCGCCGCCCAGUCUGGCCGACUGGCUGCGGCAGCGGCCGCGGCUGGCCGAGCAGGAGGUGACCGAGGGGCCGACGGUGCGGUGGCGGCCCCCGCCGGCCGUCCGUCAGAUGGCGGGAGUGACGCCCUCCCUCCGUCCGCUGGAGGCGGCGGUGGCGCCGCACCUGAUCGCUGAGUGGGGCUGAGAGCGAACCCGAACAGCUCCGCAACUACAAACUCUGUGAAAUACGCCUCAGCUUGGACUGGGGAUUGGGGAAGGCUGUGUUCGUGCGUAUAAACUCGCUGCGUUAUAGUGAAACUUUUUAUUCAUCAUAAAUUCGAUCGUUAAAUGAUCGAGCAUGAGUAAUGAUAUGCCUCUCGUCGCUUCAAAUAUGGAUAGGUACUGUGUAUCAGAAAGACGAACAAACAAUCCCGUGCAUACGUUUUAAAGUGUAAAUAUAUCAUUCAAAACAGUAAUUGUACGUGUUCAGGUCCACAUUCCAGAUUCUGCACAUGCGGUAUCGUCUCCUAUCAUCAUUGUAAUUCAUUAUGAAGUUACUGGCCUUCAACAGCGGAAGCCGGUGCGAAAUGGACUUGCUUGCGAAGAGAAUGGACGUCCAAUAAACUGACUACCUGA